AUGCCACACCCACCAGCCCUCACCUCCACCCUAGCCCUCUCAACCCUCUUCCUCUUCCUCCUCUCCUCCACAUCCCAAGCACAUAACAUUACGCGCAUACUCGCCAAACACCCCGAGCUCUCCUCCUUCAACCACUACCUCACACUCACCCACCUCGCCACCGAGAUCAACCGCCGCCAGACCAUCACCGUCCUCGCCAUCGACAAUGCCGCCAUGUCUUCCCUCCUGUCCAAAGGACUUCCUGUCUACACCAUAAAGAAUGUGCUCUCCCUCCAUGUUCUUGUGGAUUACUUCGGUGCCAAGAAACUUCACCAGAUCACCCACGGCACCACCUUGGCUAGCAGCAUGUUCCAGGCCACGGGGGUGGCGGCAGGGACUUCGGGGUACGUGAACAUCACCAACCUCAAGGGCGGUAAAGUCGGCUUCGGAGCUCAAGACAAUGAUGGGAAGCUCAAUUCCUUCUAUGUGAAGUCUGUGCAGGAGAUUCCAUACAAUAUCUCCGUCUUGCAAAUCAGUCAGGUAUUAACUUCGGCGGAAGCUGAGGCGCCAACCGCAGGGCCAAGCCAGCUGAACCUAACGGCGAUCCUAUCAAAGCAAGGCUGCAAAGCCUUCGCCGACUUGCUGAUCUCAUCGGGAGCCGACACGACCUUCGAGACCAACAUUGACGGAGGCCUAACGGUGUUUUGCCCGACGGACGCCGUCAUCAACGGCUUCCUCCCCAAGUACAAAAACCUAACGACAUCCCAAAAGGUGUCGUUGCUGCUCUACCACGGCAUCCCCGUGUACCAGUCCCUCCAGAUGCUCAAGUCCAACAACGGCCUCGUCAACACGCUGGCCACCGACAAGGCCAACAAGUUCGAUUUCACCGUCCAAAAUGACGGCGAGGUCGUCAGCUUGGAGACGGAGGUUGUGACGGCGAAGAUAACGGGGACGUUGAUCGACGAGGAGCCUCUGGUGAUUUACAAGGUGAACAAGGUCUUGCAGCCGACGGAGCUGUUCAAGGUGAAGACGGCGCCUGCGCCGAAGGAGGUGGCGGAGGGGCCGGAUGAUUCUGCUGAUGCGCCGGGAUCUGAUGAUUCGGAGGAUCAAACGGCUGAUAGUGAUAAGAAUGGAGUCGCGGGAUUGGACGGUGGGAGAUUGGGUAUGGUUGUUUUGAGUUUGUGCGUUGGGGUUUUGCUUUUGUGA